AGAGCCCGACACAAUGAUAACCACAUUGCUCGUGACUUUGGCACUUGGAGAAAAGACGUCGUGAGCUACGCAGCCGUCCGCUAUAAUCCUGCCGAUCAGCCGCUGGCAGGACACUCGCGUGAAUCAUUUCCUUGAACUGAAGUAUCAGAAGCUAGGCCAUUCAUAACAAGAAGGGAACGACUAUUGCUUGAAGUACCGAAGAAAAAGCGACAUUACUUCACAUCCCUAGGAGUUUCAAGCGCAUUUCAAACGAAGAACCGGGCAGACGUUCCCUUUGAAUAUUCCUGCAAAUGAGGGAAAAGAAGAUCAACAGUGUGGUUACGUGGACAGCUUCGAUGACGCCCCUUAACUGACUGAAGGACAACGCUGCGCUUGCGCACCGUCGGAGCUACAGCUAUAAAAGCAAGAGGACGGAACCACCUUGCCGCAUAGCAGUCGGCGAUUCAGUGGGAAAAGCACGCGUGGAACUGUGCUGUUAAAACGCCGUGCCCCAUCAUUCAGAUCAACACCGUGAUUACUUGGACAGCCUGGACGACGCCCCUUCAAGCCUGCUGACUAAAGCACAGCGCUGCGCCUCACACCUUUGGAGCUACAGCAACAAAAACAAGGCGGCGGACUUACCUCGGCACCGAGCAGUUGGGACACAGUAGGAAAAGCACGCAACUGCGCAGGUGAAACACCGUUCACUAGCUUUCAGGGAGCUACAAAGCAUGGAGCUUCGAAAGCCAUUGCACCAAGUAAUAGAUGGAGUGCCUAGGUGUGCAGGCAUAGUUCCAGAGGUGCUACGAGAAAACCUGAAGUUUCGAGCGCAAAAGGGAGAUGUCGUGCAGUCAACGUUUCCGAAGAGCGGUACACAUUGGAUGAUGUACAUUGUGCAGCUUAUUCUGAGAGAGGGUGAGCCAAUGACCACGCACGAAGAGUUUGCUAAGGACUACCGCUUUAUCGAAUAUAUGGAUAUAAAGGGCUGGAAGUCAUCUCUGCCCGUGAGAACAUUUGCCACGCACUUGCCCUUGAGUGAGGGCAAUAUCAGCGAAGAGGGAAAGUACAUUUACGUUGCCCGCAAUCCGUGGGACGUGUGCGUUUCAAUGUACCACAUGGUUACCAACCUCAGCUCAUACGAGUACCAGGAUGCCACUUUCGAAGAAUUUGUUAACGUGUUUGUCAGCGGCAACUUUGGGUACGGUGACUACUUCGAACACGUGGCAUCGGCUUACAACCUAAGGCAGCAACCGAACGUGCUCUUCGUGACUUACGAAGAAAUGAAGAAGGACACUCGUGACGUGAUUAUCAAGGUAGCGCACUUUGUGGGAGAGCACUAUGGGCGAGCUUUAUUAGAAAAUGAAACACUGCUUGACAUGAUGCUGGAGUGCUCCAAGCCUGAACACAUGCGAAGUGUCGUGGUCGUUGACUUUCGCAAAAGUCGCAGCCCUCACUGGAAAAAGGUGUUUGAUCGAAGCACGGUAACCUGCAAGCAAGGCUACGAAGGGGAUCAAACGAAAUACGGUUUAGUACGAACAGCCAAAGUCGGAGGGUGGAAAGAACACUUCACGCCAGAGCUGCUUCGACGCAUGGAAGCUAGGAUCAGGGAGGUAGAGCCGAUGUCAGUAUUUAUGAAUCUCUGGAAGGACAUCCGAGCCGAGGCAUUGAAAUUAUCGCAAAGUGUCUGCUGAGAAGUGCCCUUUUCACUGAGCAGAGACAAAGGUCAUCAAUUUAUCAAUCUGUAAUUUUCAGUUUGCAAAAACAAACUCGCAAACCGAAAUCACCAUCCGGCAUGCCGAAAAGGUAGAGUGCGAUAUUUUUACUCAUAAACUUUGAAAAACAUGCGCUUUGGUAUUAAAAGCUAUGUGAUCAUUGCGAAAUAAUUGAAAACGUGCACAGUUUCAGACAAAAAUGUUUUCUCGGUGUUACUGUAAGCUGAUCUAUAUUGGCCAUUUAGCUGUGGAAAGUAUAAAUGCUCUGUCAAGCGCAACUUGUGCGUCACUUUAAAUGGGUGUGUUAACUUGUAUUUAUGAGAAACCUAUACUUACUACAAAAAGAGCCAAUGUAUCCACAACAUCCCGUAGUGGAGGCAGGCGCUCAAGAACGAGGUUCACAAAUGGCGUUCACAAUUGGCGUAUUCACAAUUGGCGUAAAAAAUCUGCAAUAGUAAGCUGCAGAUUUUGAAUACAUGCUUGGCCUGGUCGCAUUAUUGAUCAGGUUCCUUUUCGUUGAGCAUAGAAGGCGAACUCGUUGCAAUGGAAGGUGUAUGGUGCGUUCAACAGUUUUUGAUGUUUAGUGAAGAUGGCCAAGUUCACGUUCGCAUGGACAAUGCGGCCAUUAACCCUGUGCUCCUAAGACAUUAUCAAAAUAUAAGAUUUUCCUUAACUCUCUGCGAAUCAACCAUUUCGCAUAUGUAAUAUGAAUAAUUUGAUAAAUAAACUCAAAUUACCAAGAAAACAGUA